CACGGUGGGAGGAACCGGUGAAGGGUCUGAAAAAGUACUUGUGCCCCAAAGAGGGAGUGUCCUGGUGAAGAAAUGGGGGCCCUGAUGAGGUUUUCCAGCCAGAAACCACUAAGUUCGGUCUUGUUCCCCAAACUUCUUAUCCUGAAAGUUACUUGGGGGUAUCUUAAAAAUGCAGGCCCCUCCCCCUGGCCCCUGAAAUGCAUUUUCAGCCAGGGCUCUGGAGGUUCCUAUCAUCCUGGGAGCAGACGUCUAGUGGGACCUGACACGGUUUAUACCCCACAAGGGAGGAAGCAGCUUGGCUUGAGGUCACUGUGGGUCCACUUUGGGCAGGACCCAAGCAAAGUGCUGGGGAUUCGUAACUUGGCCCCAUGCAGGGACUACAGCGUGGGGGAGGAUGGUGGCCUAGGCUUCAUGGGCCUAGGGGGGCCACCUGAAGGGCUGAAGGAUACAGGUGGGGUGGAACCUGGAGAUGCGGGGUGACGGUGUGGAGUUUUACCUCCACGCUCCUGGAAAACGCAAUGAAUUCUGUCCAACCUUUCGUGUUCCAGGAAGCCUGGACUAGGAGCCUGGUGUCCACAGACCCAGGGGGAAGGACGGGGCAAGGCAGCAGUGAGCACAGGGAGAUGGAUAUUCCAGGUCAGCUCCAGAGACAGCAGUGUCCCCAGGGACCUCGACAGUCCUAAGUCCAGUCUAAACAGUGCCCACAGGCAGGCCAGUAGGAAGCUCCAAAGAGAUGGGUUUGAUCGGAGGCAGUUGUGAGACUGUGGGAUUUGGAGAGCACGGGAGCUGCAUCCUUAUCAGGCUCGUCCCAGGGGCACAGCAGGAUGGGGGAAGACAGGUUGGCUGUUGAAAGGACAAAGCAAGGCCCUCUUGAUUGUCCAGGCGGGAGGAAGUCUUGUGGGGGGUGGGGCGGGCCCAGUCUUGUCACCCCCGACAUUUAGGAGGGGCAGCUGCCCUCUGGGCUGCAGCACAAGUGGAGUUGGCUCCUGGUGCUCGGGGCUGUAUAAGCAUCAAGAGGUGUCCGGCCUGUUAACUACCACUGGUAGGAGGGAUGAAAGCCUAUUUUGUGUAUCAUGUGAACUACCGGCUGGGCAGAGGACAAAUCCAGAAGACAGCCUUCUACACCAUCUCAUUGUUCAGUCCCCUUGCUACAUGCUGAGAUGAUUCAAUUAAUCUCUCCCUUAAAGAAAUUUUUGGAGACAGCCACUUGGGUCUAGGCUUCUGGAUGGUACCCCAGAGGUUGGAGGUGUACCAAACUGCUUUUUUUCAAAGAUUACACACUCACAUUUUACAUCCAGAACUAACUAACUCUCAGUGCCCACCCUGUUUUUGAGCUUUGUGUGGAUUACAUUAUUGAGCCAUCACUGUAACCCUGUGAAGUGGGUAUUCUUUCCUCCUCCUAUUUUACUGAUGAGGAAACUGAAGCUCAGAGGGGUUAAGUAACUUGAUGAAGCUCAAACAUCCAGGAAGCCAGAGGUAAGCAUUAGAAUGGGCCUACAGAGCCCUGCUGUCUCCUCCGUCUGCUUCUUGUGAGGCGUCACAUUGAAUUAUAAUUGAUUCCCUUCUGUCUCCUCAAGAGUCUGGGCACUGAGGCUCUUACUCACUCCCAGCACACCCUCUCAUUCUGUUAGUCUCCCCGUUGGCUGACUUCGUUCCAUCAAAGAAUUCCAUGUCCCGAGGUGAGCUGACCUCACACUGGUGGCUCCCAGUCGGAACUGAGACAUUCUGUAGGGGGAAAAGCUACUUGGUUUCUCAGAAAUCCAGGGCAGAUGGUAGACACAGCUAAAUACUUCCUUUCACCCACGCGGUAACAAACUAGCAGUUUUGGAAUGAUGGACAAAGUUCAACGUUCUUUUGCUGUUUUAUUUUUGUUUUUAAUGGAGUACCCACUUCAUCUGUGUGUGCCUUAUGCAGAUUAUUUUCCCUUAGAAAGACAGCCAAAUGUCACCAAACAACCCAUACAGUUCGGUAAGCAAUUUCACUUGGUCCAUGGAGCUAUCCCAAGACCCAAAGCUCCGAGUACCACGCCCAUGCAGCCCCCAGCGAGCACUGAUGAUGAGAAGAGUGAGCCUGCAAGGACCACCCUUGGUUUUAUAGGAUAUUCAGUGGGCCUAAACACCAACCCCUGGAAUGCAGCAUGGAUUCCUCAUAGACCUGCUCUUGUUAAAGUAAUUACAAUUGCAUGUAUAGCCCUCACUAUUGCCCUGAUAUUUGGGACCAUUAUUUCCUACGUGAUAUAUCGACUGGUAGAGGCUGAGGAAAAACAACAGCUUGCAUCACUUUAUAAAAAUAUCAAGAUCCCAUCGUUAGGAGAUGAAGAGGAAUUCUUUGAGGAUGAGAGCCAGGACGAGUCCACAUACCUGCUUCCAGAGAAUGAGAAGGAACUGGAAAAUUUCAUUCAUUCAGUUAUUAGAUCGAAAAGAAGAAAACAUUUUGAAAAGAAGAGAUUGAAUGCAGCACAAAACUUAGCAAAGGAAGUGAAAGUAAAGGAUCCUGUGCACACUGCCGAAGUGGGGAGUCUGUGAAAGCAAAUAACCGAGACGCAGGACGCGCUGGCCAGUGCGCAGGAACAACUGCGGGGGGACUUAUGGCUGAGAACGUGGGCCUGACUUUCUUCUGGAGAACCUUGUACAGGAGCACCCUGAAUGAUGCUAGCACAACUAGACGUGAAAGCAAAAAAUAAGUUCACACGAUGUGGCAGUUCUUGCUUCCUAGCUCUCAUAGUUUUAUGAAUAAAUAUAACUUAAUUGGAAGAGAAAUCUGACUUUGUAAGUGUGAAAGAGAAAUUGUCAGGAUUUUCUUUUCUCAUCCCUAACCAGUAAUUUCUUUGGGCAAGUCUCCCAGACCAUGCCAGGGAACCACUUUCAUAAAAUAAAGCUUCCCCAGUGACAUUA